GCCUAGCAGACUCUGGCUCAGAGUCUGAAGUCCGUGACUCCACAACUGAAACCAAGGCCCCACAUACCAGACACGACCUCCAGAGGCUGCUUAAAGAGGUGAUAGAGGAUAUUAAGUCCUAUAUGGCAGUGGAGCUGGAAAAACACGUUGCAGGCCUAAAGGCCGACUUAGACGCACUUACCUCCAGAACAAGUCAGACUGAAACCCACAUAACCGGCCUCCUCACCAAAACGAAAACACAAAGCCAAGACAUUACAGCACUGCAUGAAAAAAUCAUACAGCUAGAGGAUGGCAUGGAGGAUCUUAACAACAGAUCACACAGGAAUAAUAUCUGCAUCAGGGGCAUGACAGAAUCUAUGGCAACCAAUGCAAUUCUCUCCACAAUUGGGGAAAUUUUUCAGUCUCUCCUACUUGAGGUCUCCACACCAGAGCUCACAAUAAAUCGUGCCCACUGGGCCCUGCGCUCUCCGAUGCCCAAUGCCUCCAACCCAAGAGCUGUCAUU